AUGACUCGAAUACCGCUUCACUCAAUAAAAAGUUGUUAUAACUUACUUAUUAUCACUAUAAUUAUUUUUUCAUUCGUUUCAUACUCACAACAACUAGAAACGACAAUAGAGGAUAAGCCACAAAUCAGAAAAAGAGAUUACGACAAAAGAUUUUAUUAUGCAAUAGAGGUAGCGAAUGAUCUCAUCAUUACCCCAAAAGAUGUAGAGAAUCUACUAAAUAUAAAACACGAGGGAAGAAUUGGUGAACUUGAUAAUUAUCAUUUGUUUAGCUCAGCAAAAGAAGAUGUAACAAUUGAACAUUACGAUAAACGCUUUUCGCAUCUUGCCGAGGAUAAUGAUCGUGUGUUAAAAAGGUUUAACGAGUUGAGAGAACUUCGAAAAGGAGAUUUGGGAUCAUCAACUAUUAAUAAACGAUCUCUUGAAAUCAUUGAUGGAAUAUUAAGCGUGGACAAACAAAUACUUAGAAAAAGACACAAACGAGUACCACUUCCACCACCUACUCCAUCACCAACAGAUAAUUCUCAUAAAUUCCUGGAUCCAGAUGAAAUUGGACAUGAUAUUAAUGUUACGGGCAUAUGGAAAGAAGGAAUAACGGGCAAAGGAGUUGUUGCUGCUAUUGUAGAUGAUGGAUUGGACAUGUAUAGUGAAGAUUUGGCUGAUAAUUUUUACGCAGAAGGAUCAUAUGAUUUCAAUGAUCAUAAUCCACUACCAAAACCUCGUUUAAUUGAUGAUACGCAUGGAACAAGAUGUGCCGGAGAAAUAGCUGCCGUGAAAAACAGUGUAUGUGGUAUUGGUAUUGCUCCAGAUGUCAAAAUAGCAGAUGCUGAUGAAGCGGAGGCUUUGAAUUAUAAAUUCCAAAAGAAUGACAUAUAUUCAUGUAGUUGGGGACCACCUGAUGAUGGGCAGUCGGCAGAGGCACCUCAAGGUGUGAUACUUAAAGCGAUAGUAAAAGGAAUAGAAAAGGGUCGUGGCGGAAAAGGAAGCUUGUUCGUUUUUGCAUCCGGUAAUGGAGGUGCCAAUGAUGAUAACUGUAAUUAUGAUGGCUACACCAACAGUAUAUACACAUUAACUGUUGGAGCUGUUGAUCGUAAGCAUGUACUCCCCUACUAUGCCGAAAGAUGUACUGCCUUAUUAAUCACUACUUAUAGUAGUGGCAGUGGAAGUUAUAUUUAUACAACUGAUGUGGGCGUUAAGAAAUGUACAAAUUUGCAUGGUGGUACAUCUGCAGCUGCACCAAUUGCAGCCGGGGUUUUUUCAUUAGUAUUGCAAAUAAGGCCUGAUCUUACAUGGAGAGAUAUGCAAUACCUAGUAUUGAAUAGUGCAAUGACAUUUAAUUUAGAGGAUCCUGAUUGGCAACUAACCAAAGCAGGGCGACUUUACAAUUAUAAAUUUGGAUAUGGAAAGUUGGAUGCAUAUACUUUGAUCCAGAAUGCAAAAACAUAUAAACUAUUGAAUCCACAGGUUAACAUUGAGAUGCCAAUAAUUAACGUUACUAAACCUAUACCAAUGAAUCAAGAAGGAAUUAUUAGUAAGGUGGUUGUGAAGAAAUCAGAUGUUGACAAAGCAAAUAUGAAAAGAUUGGAACAUGUAACUGUGACUAUUAAUGUUAUUCAUGAGAGAAGAGGUGAUAUAGAGGUUGAUUUGAUAAGUCCAAAUGGUAUUGUUUCUACCAUUGGAUUACCAAGGAUGUAUGAUGAAAAUAUCGGUGGACUUAAUAAUUGGACAUUUAUGAGCGUUAAACAUUGGUUAGUAAGAAAUCCAAAAUUUAAUGGAAUAUUUGUAGAUUGGAUGUUGAAAUUAUGGGGCGAAAGAACUGAUAAUAAUGAAAGUGGCAAAAAUAGUAGUGAUACCAACAAUAAUUCAGAUAAAACCUCUACUACAAUAAUAACCAAUACCACCCCUUCAAGCAUUGCAGAUGAUGACAAUAAUAAGAUAUCAACAUCUACAAUACCAUCAUCACCACCAGUAAAUGAUGACGAUAAUAAGAUAUCAACAACAAACAAUCCUAUUUCAACAGAAACACAACCGGCUACUACAAAUGCAGCUGAUAACAACAACGAUGAUAGUAGCAGCAGUAGUAGUAACAGCAUCAAUAGUAAUUGGAUUUGGGGUAUUGGAGUAGUUAUGGCGUUUACAUUGGCAUAUAUGGUUUAUGCGACUAGGAAAUGGUAUUGGGAUGAUGUGAAGAAAAUAGUAUCUGAAGUAUUCUCUAGGAGAACAUAUGCAUCGGUGUUACGACAGCCAUCUGAUCGAACAUCUAAUGAUGAGGAUGGUGACCUUAUUCCAUUGACAAGAGGCAAUAAACAAUUCACGACAUCAAGAGAAUUAAAAUGA